AUGAUAUUUCCACGGACGAUUCUGUUCCUGGGAUUGCUAACAUUAGCCAGGGGUAAUCCUGUUGAAGGCAAUACCGCAGCGAUUUGCGAAUUCUUCCACCACGUUCAGGCGUUCCAAGAUGACCAAUGGGAUGAAUCAGUGAUCCUAAUGAAAAGAUUACUAGGGGAUAUGAUCAUCGCUUUGUUGCCCUAUCCCGAGUAUGCAGAUUAUAAAAAAACAAUGCAGAACUAUUUGGAUAGUGGAAGGACUAUCGUUAAGACAAGCCCGUUGAAAGAUAAAAUGGAUUUUUGCCAGGGAUUCAACAAAGCUGGUGAAACACCCUUUUUGAGAGGAUCGCCAGCUAAAAAACAAGCGCUGACCAGGCCCUUAAAUGACUACCAAUCGAAUAUGAUAUUUAAUGUGUUCACAGAGCUUCACAAAAAGAUAAUCAAAGCUGCCGAUGACAUGGAGCGAUUAGUACAAUUCCCAGAUAACUCUUCGAGGGACGAACUUUUCACUCUUCUUGCCAAAUAUCGGUCGGCUGGCAUGGGACCAAUGACUGAAGAAAUUACCUCUCGUAUCCUGGCAUUUAAGGAACAAUAUAAAUGUGUUUAGUAGUCACAAAUAGAUGAUCUAAUUUUGCUGAUUUCUGGUGAAAUAAAUCAUUAAUCAAAAGUUCGUUAAA